AUGUCAGAAGAGGAGAACCAAAAAGUGUUUCAGGGCACGCCGAGUGAAGAUGUACGCCUGGAGAAUCUGGGAUAUGAGCAGGAGCUCAAACGCUCCUUCGGUCUGAUCAGUAUGAUUGGAUUUAGCUUCAGUGUCGUAACAUCAUGGACCGCGUUGAGUGGUGUCUUCAUCGUCGGAGUAUCUUCUGGGGGUCCCCCCGUGAUGGUCUUCAGUUUCAUCGGUGUUAGUCUGUUGACUCUGGCCGUUGCAAUUCCCAUGGCGGAGAUGUGUUCGAUGUAUCCAGUAGCAGGUGGCCAGUAUUCUUGGGUUGCGGCACUUGCACCACCGAGUAUCGCACGAGGCCUCUCUUAUGUGACAGGGUGGUUCAUGCUCAUCGGACUCCUUGCGAUGGGUGCGACCAACAAUUCCAUCGCGUCCAACUUUGUGCUGGGAAUGUCGAAUCUGGUCUUCCCCGAAUUCGAGAUCCAAAGAUGGCAAACAGUACUCGUUGCUUAUUGUGUCGCGUUCCUCUCCACAGCCGUCAACCUUUGGGGGUCACAUUUCCUGCACAAGAUUUCCAAAGGAAUCCUGAUUUGGAACGUCUGUUCCUUUGUCAUUGUCACCGCCACAAUCCUUGCUAUGAAUGACCAUAAGCAGCCCGCCUCGUUCGUUUUCCAGGACUUCCAAAACGGUACUGGAUUUGGCACGGGGAUGGCUGCAAUCAUCGGUGUUCUCCAGGCUUGCUUUGGAAUGUGCUGCUAUGAUGCUCCCUCACACAUGACCGAAGAAAUGAAGUCUGCUUCCAAGGAGGCACCCAAGGCUAUCGUUCUAGCUGUGAUCCUAGGUGCUGUCACUGGAUUUGCCUUCCUGGUCACUCUUUGCUUCUGUAUUGGCGACAUCGAGUCAACCGCCAACACGAGCACAGGAGUACCCGUGAUCCAGAUUAUUUACGACUCAACUGAUAGUAUAGCCGCCACUUGUGUGCUCUCCACUUUGAUCUCGGUGAUUGUCAUUGUCGCAGGAAACAACAUCCUCGCCGAAGGCUCACGCGCCGUUUACGCUUUUGCUAGAGACAAUGGCUUGCCCUUCUCCAAGUUCUUCAGCACGGUCGAGAGCAAGAGUCAUGUUCCGGUGAAUGCUGUACUACUCACCCUCGCGGUUCAACUGGCCCUCGGUGCCAUUGAAUUCGGUACCACCACUGGAUUCCAAACCGUUAUUGCUAUUUCGACAGAAGGCUUCUACAUGUCAUACGCAAUGGCUCUCCUAAGCCGACUUCUUGGCUACUAUACCGGCCACGUUACCAAGCUCGAUGGGCCAUACGCAUUCUCCGCACCAGUAUCCAUCGCCCUCAACAUCAUCGGACUCCUCUUCCUUCUCUUUGCGGCAAUUACUUUCAACUUCCCCAGCGAGAACCCGGUCAGUCACGAGUCCAUGAACUACACUAGUGCGGCUGUCGGUGUCGUUGGUCUCAUUAGCUUCAUGACGUGGAUCACAACGGGACGGAAGCAGUUCUCGGGUCCGGGCGCAGUGAGCUUCUUAAGCGGUCAAAAUACAGCCGCUCGGAAUGCGGAGCCAGCAGAGCAUGUGGAGGAGAAGAAGAUUUGA